CCCUCACGCACACACAAUGACACAGCCACAGACGGGAGAGACGGCAAGGCAGCGAGGAGGCCCAAUCGUCCCAAUGUGCACAUACCACACCACGGCCUCGAUCACAGAGUAGGAUGAUGAUGUCCAUCUUACGUCUCUACCCCUCCCUCCCUCCCUCCCUCCCUCCCCUCUCUCAAUGAGUGUCCCUAGUGUGUAUGCCAUGGGCGGAGUGGAUGGAUGUCAGGGACAGAAUGCAUACGAAGAUAAGAUGGGACAGACAAACGGACGGGCAGCUGCCUCCUGUCUGUCUGUCUGUCUGUCUGUCAAUUAUGUCAUCCGAUUUGCCUUAGCCUUACUGUAGGUAGCUCUUAGCCUGGCUCUUAGCCUUACUCGUUACGUCACUCAGUAGUGUGUUGUUAAUUCUCCUCCACUGCCCCCUCACCACCGCAAUCAUUGUCGGCCUUAUUGUUAGUGCCCUCACCCUCUCCCCCCGACUCAACCAAAGCCCCAACACCAGCAGACACAGACACAGACACCGCCCCUGCCUGUGUGUCGAGAUUGUGUGUGGGAUGUGCGCUGGCCAUUGCAAUGUCUCCUCCCCCAGCACCACCCUUACUGAUGCUCAUGCUCUCAAGCAGAAGCCGACCCCGCUGUCGCUGCUCUACCUGCAGCCCAUCAUCGAGGGGGCGGGGGCCGACAGCAUGCUGCUGCUGCUGCUGCUGCUGUGAUUGCUGCUGCUGCUGCUGCUGCUGCCCCUCGGCGUGGAUGCGAAUCGCGCGCUGGAUGAGUUCGUGUCUGUCCCUCUGCAGCACGAGCCGCGCCCUGCCCUGGUGCAGGGACAUCUGCAGGUGCAGCAGCCGGGUGGCCUCCUGGUGGAUGGCGUGGGGGAGCUCACGAAGUAUCUGGGGGUCCGACAGCUGGGGCAGGGUGUCGGGGAAACUGACACAGACACAUACAAAGAGAGAGAGAGAGAGAGAGAGAAUGGUGCGUGUGCCUGUGGGGGGAGUUGGCGGAGGGUAGGGAGUUACUUGGGGUUUGCGAGGGCCUUGGCGAGUGCGUUCACAGCUGCGUUCUUCCCACCGCCAUACACACCACCACUUCAUGUCAGCGCCGCGAUGGAAAGGGAGCAGCCACAGCCACAGCCACAUCACACAAUCACACGUUUGUUGCUGUAGCAUGUGUCUCACACACACACCCGCCCACCCACCCACCCACUCACUCACUUACCCUUGGUUAUUGUCAUUCUGCCUGUCGUGUGUCUGUUUCUGCAGCUGUUUGUACUUCUCCUGGAGCGCCAUGUAUGCCGUCCGCUGGCGCUGCACCUCGAUCUCCAGGUUAGCCAUCUCGCGCUGGUGGCUCUUCUGGAGCAGCUGCAGCAAACCGCCACAGCUGACAGACACACACAGACACAGAGAGAGGGACAGAGAGGGAGAGGGGGAUGGGUGUGUGUGGGGGGGGUUGUGGGGUGUGGUGAAAGAGGUUUGGUGACUUGUGUCGGAGUCGGUCGAUCUGUGCCUCAAGGCGGACGCAACGCUCGCGCUCAGUCACCAUCCUGACACACACACACACCGACACGCACGUGUCUCUCCUCUCUCUCCCUCCCGCUCACCCACCCCCACACACACGUACCCCUCAUCGAAGGUCGUUGACCCAUCCCGCAGCAUCGUCAGCCUGUUGCUGGUGUCCUCCCCGCCCUCCGCAGCACCGAUGGUCAGCAGACGCUGCACCAACCCUCCCAUGCGAUCCCCCUCCCCCUCACCAUCCGACGUGCCCUGCAGCAGACCCUCGGCCAAACGCGCCAACAAGGGAGACACCCCCGCACCAACACCACCCCCUGUGUCAUCGGACUGGCUCGAGUGUGAGGGCGAUCCGCCGAGCCCCCCCAUGCUGAAUGGCUGGGGGGGCGGGGCGGGGGGCUUCUGUGUGAGGGUGGAGAGGGAGAGGAGGGAUUCCCCCCCCUUUGUGUGGAUGGUGGGGCGGCUGAUGUGCUGGUCGGGUGUGAUGUGUAGGGGUGAAAAUGAGGGCGGCUGGGGGAAGGGGGGGUGGGGCUGCGGUCCUGUGCCUGCGCCUCUGCCUGUGCCUGUGCCUGUGGAUGUGCCGUUGGUGAGGGCGUUGGUGGUGGUUGGCCUGUUGUUGUUGCUGCUGCUGUGAGCGGCUUCCUUGCUGCCGAUGGCACGGGUGAGUGUGACGCCCUCGAUGUGCGGGAUGGGCAGGUCGAGGUCCUGGGUGAACGGCAGCGUGAAGUACAUCUGCGGGCGCUUCUCACCUGCACACACACACCGAUGCACCCAUCCAUCCAUCCAUCCAUCCAUCAAACACACAGUGGGUGUGACCGGGUGGAUGGGUGCAUACCCUUCUGCAGUGCCAAGAAGUAUGGGAGGAUCGCCCAGCGUCCAUCCACGGCAAAGGGACACACACAGCAGAGAGGAGAGGUGAGAUGCCUUCACAGAAGGCCGUCUCGUCUGUGUGCUGUGCUGUGCUGUGCUGUGAUAUGGUAUGAUGUGAGCAGGUAGCUCGGUACCGCACCGCGUGAAUGUAGGGGCAGUAGUAGGUGGGACACUUGUUGUGCAACAGAAACUGCUGACACUCAUACCUUCACACACACCAACAUUCACACACAGAUGAAAGAAAUGACAAGCGCGUCCACACCCCUCCCCCUCCCCUCCCCCUCCAGCGUACCUUUUAUAGAAUAGCGGGUGGAACACGAUCUCCUCCCGUGAGUGUGCGAGCGGGCAGCGGCCGCCCCGGGGGCAGUUGUUCUGGAUCACCUCAUCGCCCUCCCCAAACACCACGUCCGGACAUGCCGCAGGCACGUAGCGCAACGCACUGCUGUCCGUCAGGUACACAGGGCAACGGCGAACCUGCACACACACAUGCACAUCACAGCGGGGGAAUGCGAAAUGGAUGGAUGGAUGGAGGGGAGAUCUGGUUCUGUGUGUGGAGGGGUGUGUGGGGUGGGGGAUGGCAUUACAUUACCCAGUAGUUGUUGUGCCCGUAGCAGCACCGCUCGUGGCCGAAGUCGCACCCCUCCGGCUGCUUGACGCGCCGGCACUUAAGCGUACCUGCACAUCAAUCCACCAAAUCCAACCACCACAUCCAUCCAUCCAUCCAUUCAAAUGCAUCCAAAUGCGUCUUCCCCAGCCCCCCAGGGCAUAUGAUGCGGUUUGUUGUGUCUCGCUUACGGAAUUUGAGGAGAUCGUCGUAGCUGAGAAGGUUGGUGUACGGUCCCAUGGUGGUAGGUGGCGGAAGGUAACGACACGAGAUACGAUACGAUGGUCAGGAGCCUAUCUUCUGUGCUGUAUGCCUUUAGAUGGAUGGAAAGGACGUAAGGAUGGAUGUGAUGUGAUGGAUGGGUGGGCGCUGACCCACACCACACAACGCAACGCGUACGUAACACAGAUCUCACUCAGACCCUCAGACCAACCAGCAGACGGCAGACAGAGAGAGGCGUGAGAAGGUAGGUUACGCACAGCAGGGGGGGUUGGUACACGGGUACGGACGAAGGGACGGACGGACAGCUGCCUAGAGGCGGUGAGAAUGCCUAUGACAGGCCAAAACCGG